CAUUCUAGGUGGAUAUUGAAUUCACAAAUUUUACCUCUACUCCUGGAAAAAUACAUGCUGUACAAUUGUGGUACAAUGAGUGACCAGGGGCAGACUGACCAUUUGGAAACUCGGGCACUGCCCGAGGGCCCGGGGUCAGUAGGGGGCCCCAUGAGAUGCCCCUGGUACCUUUUUCAUGGGCUUUUUUGAGUUUGGGCAAGGACACAGGGGCCCCAUGAUCCCCUAUUGCCUGGGGGCCCCAUGAGUUGUCACUCCG